AUGGCCGAUCUGCGUGAAGAGGAUUACGGGUGCACGCUCGAGGAAACGACGAAGACGAUCGCCCGUGACGAGUUGAGAGAGGACGAUGCCACGAGGGAGCAGAUGUUGGACCAAUUCAGACACUGGAUCCAGAAACAUCCGUCCAUCAAACGUUGCAGAACGGACGCCGCGUUCCUCCUGCGGUUCCUCAGAACCAAGAAGUUCAGUCUACCGAUGGCGGAGGAGAUGCUCGAACGGUACUUGACCAUCAGACAGCUGUAUCCGAACUGGUUCCGGAACUUGGACAUCGAGGAUCCGGACAUCGAAGCGAUCGUCGACGCGGGCUACCUGGUACCGCUGCCGCACCGCGAUCGCCACGGUCGGCGAGUGAUACUUUCUUGCGCCGGCCGCUUCGAUCCGUACAAAUUCACGUCCGCGCAAAUGGCCCGCGCCCACAGCCUCGUGGUAGAGGCACUGAUGGACGACGAGGAGAACCAGGUUCGCGGUUACACGUACAUCAACGACGAGUCCGGGCUAACCAUGGGUCAUCUCAGCGCGUGGUCCCUGACGGACAUUCGUAACAUGUUACGGUGCAUUCAGAACAGCACGCCCAUGAGGCACAAGGAAACGCAUUUCGUCAACAUUCCAUGCUGCGCGACCAAGAUCAUCGAGUUCGCCAUCUCGCUCCUCAACGACAAGUUGAGGGCACGGAUCUCGGUGCACAAGAGCCUGGAAGAGCUGAAGGCCGUGAUAGACCCGUCGAACUUACCAAAGGAAUACGGAGGUGACGUCCCGCUCACCGAAAUGAUCGCCGAAUUCAAGAAAACCUUGAAGAAACAAAGAGACGAAAUAAAAGCGCUCGACGAUAUGUACAUAGAGAUCUCGUCGCCAGAUUGCCGCGUCGCUUUGGGCAAUUUGAGCGGCAUACCGGGAUCGUUUCGUAAAUUGGAGAUCGAUUAGCGGUUAGAGCCCUCCCAUUCGAAGCUUCGCAAAUUUUAUUUGCGAAUAACGUACACAAAUUUUAGACGUAAACUCAUUUGUAAAUUAGGAUCUGACAACGAACUUUUUGAACCAGAAAAACCAGUUUACGAGUUUAAUGUUUAUUAUUCGAGAAUAAAAUUUGCCUGACUCUGUCUCUAUUUCACGGAUACGCGGGAACUUUAACACUUUCUGCCAGCCAGCAGUUGUCGGCCGCUGACGCGUGUACGUGAAUCUAUUGUUUCCCGCCACAAUGUUAUGAUCAACUUAUCGAGUUUGUUCAAGUUCUCUACUUUUAUAAUUCUUUACAGUAAUGAUAAUUUCUCAGGUUUCAUUCUAUCCGAAUAUUAAUAUAACAAAAACUAACUAGUACUGUACCAUAGAUAAGAUGUUAUUUACACGCAAAUCCAUGAGUACGUAUAUUGCACAUUUUCAUGUACGCAGACGUGCAGCUGUAUACAGCAACGGACGAAAGUUUAAGACAACUGCAUUCUUGAUAGAUCAUCAUACGAUAUUAUAGAUAAAAAAAUAGCCAACAAUAACAAUCGUAUAUACUCUCACGCUUCAUCUGUGGUGAACUUAAUAACUCUCACAGCAUAAAAAAUAAAACUUUUAAUACUUCAUUUGCUGUGAACAUUAAUUCAAGACUAUAUUAAUAUUUACAUAGUAAAUUUCUUUCAAUUUAUACAGGGUGUUCGGCUAUCCCUGGGAAAA